UUUAACCUUUUAUAUAGUCCGCUGUAUUUUAUAAUGCACAGAACAGUAUAACCUAGGACUAUUAUUUCAAAUUUAUGUAAAAUUUCCAAAUCUGAUUUGUUUCCAGUGCCAAGCUUGUCAGAUACUGUACAGUACAGUAUAGUAAUUUAUAUUGCUGCACUAAGUACAAGCUUAAUGAAGAUGUGUGCACAAAUAUGGCCGAGACUGCUGAAGGGCUACAUGAUGACUCCUUGUCCAGCACUGAUGGUCAGGAUGCAUCAUCAAACACCUUACUACAGCACACAGUCUACAAAUUUAGAAAAGAAAAAACACUCAACACUUGUUGGUCCACUGUCUGACAUCAGAAUAAUUGACCUAACAAGAAUACUCGCUGGACCUUUUGCAACUAUGGUUCUCGGUGAUCUUGGGGCUGAAGUUAUAAAGGUGGAGCGACCCGAUAAAGGAGACGAGACACGGAGCUGGGGUCCCCCUUUUGUAGGUAAAGAAAGUUGUUACUUCCUCAGUGUAAACAGAAAUAAGAAAAGUAUCGGUGUAGAUCUCAAGCAUCCUGAUGGAGUAUCUCUUAUGCAUGAUUUAGUCAAACAUAGUGAUGUAUUGAUAGAGAACUUUAUCCCUGGUGCUCUUGACAGAUUAGGACUGGGGUAUGAUGAACUAAAACUAGUUGCACCACACUUGGUUUAUUGUUCAAUAUCUGGAUAUGGAGCUUCAGGGCCUUACCAAAACAGACCAGGUUAUGAUGUAAUGGCAGCAGCUAUUGGAGGACUUCUUGGGGUCACUGGACCGGAGGAUGGAGAGCCAUGUAAGGUGGGGGUCGCUAUGACUGAUUUAGCAACAGGAUUAUAUGCACAUGGGGCCAUUAUGGCAGCAUUACUUGAUAGACAGAAAACUGGAAGUGGACAGAAGAUUGACUGCAGUUUGCUGUCAACACAAGUAUCAUGUAUGGUGAAUUUAGCGUCAAACUUUUUAAAUGGAGGGCAGGAGGCAAAAAAAUGGGGCACUGGCCAUGAAAGCAUUGUACCUUAUCAAGCCUUUCCAACCAGUGAUGGCAGCCUCAUCAUUGGUGCUUUAAGUAAUGAUCAAUUUUCAGCUUUAUGUCAUGUCCUUGGUCUUAAAAGCCUCUUAAAAGAUGAGAGAUAUUUUACAAAUGCUUUAAGAGUAAAAAAUCGUGACACUCUCACCAAUACACUAAGAAGCACUUUUCAGCAAAAAUCAACAGAGGAAUGGCUUUCCAUUUUUGAGGGAUGCUCUUUUCCCUAUGCACCUAUUAAUACACUCUCCCAGACCUUCUCUGACCCACAAGUAAUCCACAACCAGAUGGAACAGGUAGUUGAGCAUCCAGGUAUUGGGAAAAUAAAGCAGGUAGCACCAGCAGUAUUAUUCAGUUCCUCUCAGAACAGAAUUAGAGCUGCACCCCCAGUUCUCGGCCAACAUACACAGUAUGUACUUUCAGAGAUUCUCCAGUACUCGGAGGAAAGGAUUCAAGAUCUCAAAAGACAACAUGUGAUAUGUGAUGCAUGUUAAGUUUAUCUAACAAAUAAAUUUUUUAUGAGCUUAUAAGACAAGUACAAUAUAUAUGUACAGUACUGUACUGUACAGUAUUAAGCUUCAGUAUUAUUGGUUUUCUGUCAGUAUUAUUUUCUAUUCAUUCCCCACUGACCCAAAGUAAAACAAUUAUAUGAUGUUACAAUUGCUGCUAUUAUUUUGAAGUAAGAAUAAUAAAUUUUUGCAUUAAUA